AGUCCUAUAAAAAACUUUCCCUCUGGUCCCCGACUUCUCCCUCUUCGCUUUCUACUUUGAAGAUUUCCCUUUAACAACUUUGUUCUUUUGUAAUUAUUCCCAUCCUAUCCUAAAUUUUUCGUUCUCUUGCUGCUAUCUUCCCAAGAUUUCUAUUUCAUUUCAACGGUUCUUCUAAAAAAAUGCCACAUUUCUACUUCAACUUCAACUACUCCUUUUUUUAACAACACCACUAAGCAAGAAGUACAUAUGUAUCACUCAGCCUGUCAGAAAAUACAAACAUUUAAAGAUAAAGAUGUCCUCGCAGUCCUAUAAGUAUGGUCGAGGUGGUGCUGACAACAUGGGGUCUGCUGGUCCAGGCAGCAUCGCCCCUUCCAGCAGUGCGCAGAAGACCACGUUCAUGAGUCACGCGAACGAGUCCACCACAGGAGCAGGAGACGACUCCACCGUUGGAAAAAAAUUAAGGCUUAUUACAGUACUUACUCUUAUUUAUAAUUUAUGUUUAUCUCAAGGUGAAGGUGAAGGUGUAUCUUUGAUGUAUUGUUUUCUCUCGUACUCGUAAAAGAAAAAGGUAUUGUUGUAUCUCUGAUGUAUUCUACUCGAGCCUGCAUCGUGCCGGACGGCGCGGCCUGGCCGCAGAGCCGCGGACCUAAACCUUGAACCUUGGAAAACAAAGUCGGUCAACUUUAGGAUACGCUACUUCUUCUUCUUCACAAGAGCAAAGAAGAUGAUGAAAAUAGUUGGUAAGGUUCUCUAAGAAUAGUGCAGUUUAUGGGUCAAACCGGCGCUCCGGUGUCCGGGCGAGGCAGCGGCGACGACAGCGUCGUCUUGACCGAGACUCAGUUCCUUAUGGCCGAUCCGGAUGCAGAGAUUGGCGAGAGUGUUCAGUUGACUGAGAGUCAGUUUCUUUUGGCGGACAAAAAUGCCGGAAUGACUAUGGUUGCUGGAGGCAGCAUGAACGCUACCACUUACUUGCCGCGUGCUUCGGAACAAGGUUAAGGCAUUUUUUGGUUUUGUGAAGAUGUGCUGCUGGGUCAGGCUACAGUACUAGUGCUAAGUAGGUCUAGUUGUUGUACUUCUAUUCGUCCGGCGUAGAAGCGGUCUACUACUACUUCUUGUUGUUCCGACUUCUAGAAAUUCUACUGUGUUGCAUACAGCCCUUGAUGGCGUCCUACCCUUUGAUACGUCCUCUUAGGGGGUAGGACGCCAUCAAGGGCUGAAGCUGAUCUAGUGAACCUGCCUCCUCCUCGUCCUUGCUUUUCUAUUGACCGAUACUACGAGCGAUGAGUGUGUCGAUUUAUUCGAUAAACUGAAAUAACCGAGUUACUGACUGAAAUAAGGGAGGCACUAGCUUAUAGCGUCAAGGCUACCUUUCCUUCUCGUCAGUAUCUCGGUUAUUCUGAUCAGAUACUCGCUUAUUUCAGUUUUUCGAGUACGUCUAAACACCUCACGACCUGUUCCUCCUCUUCAGGAUGCAAUAAUCAGGGACUACAAGGACUGACAACGUCUUUACAAAUAAGAUAGAUGGAUCCUACUCGUCCUACUCGACGUCCUUGACAGACCACUUGCCUCUCUACUAAGAAGCUUAACAAGGUAGUUAGCCUGCCCACCUUCUUGUCUAGUACCUUGUGAAUUCGCGAAUUUUUCUUUUUUUUCGUUCUAAUCCUUAACCACAAGAAAGAGUUCUGCGGCUUUCGUGGAGUACAAAAGCCAGUCGCCGAACGCACCCUACGACCCUGACUAUGAGGGUAUCCCGGUCAUCACACCCACCCAAAGCGACCCGCUUCGUCUCGCGUUUGCGCGCAGAGUGCUCCUCUACACUGCGAUUUCGACACUCAUCUCUUUCGGGAUUAUAGUCGGCAUGAAGGCGCUUGCAUUUUGCCGUGACUUGCAUCAGAGGGUGCCGCAUGAUGACAAUUGGCGUGACCCGAUUACAAGAGCUGACGAGCUGUACCUACGCCAGCUAGGUUUUACAUGCCUGGCUGAUUUCAGAUGGGGAGAAAAGAGUCACAAGUACGCCAAUGACAUGCGCAUCAUCCAUAAAAGACGGUGGAGGGCUUCCCUCGGUGUCCUGAUCACCGGCAUUGUGCUCGCUAUUUGUCUUGCACUGGUCGCGAUUUUGCCUGGCCCGGUCGCAAGAUUUCGGAAUGCCAUGCAUUCGAAGAGCUGGCUCUCAGUCUUAAUGUUAAGGCUCACACUAACGCUAAAUUCUGUCUGUCUCUACUGCUACUACUAACUAAUCAAUGACUAACUAACUACUAAAAUCAAUACACUGCUACUACUACUAAAAACUACUAAAACCAAUCAAUACAUCGAUCUUCUUCCAAGGCAUCUUCCUAGAGAGACUUUUCUUCAAGGAGAAAAGAAAAACAAAAAAUGCUCUCACUUAAAUUUCCCAAAAAUAGGAACAACUGUCGCGGCAACCUGCUCUAAUGAGAACGUUCGCGGUUGCGAUUGUUUAUGGCAUGAUCAUGCAGUUUAUGGCGAUUGCAAGUCAGUGGAGUGAUUUCACCUUGGGCGUUGGAGGUGUUGCCAUGGUCAAUUGCCUCAUGGUGGUUAUGAGUUUUACAACGCGUACGCCGACGUCCCCCACGAUUGCGCUAUGGUCGAUGUUCUUCGUGGCCUUCUUCAGUCUUUUUAUAUGCUCCUUUCCGCUUCUCCCGCUUGUCGAGACUGCAGAGUACUACAACUACUACAUCAUAUUUAUAUUUUUUUUGCAUCAGCUUCUAGGAAUAGAGCUUCUAGGAAUAGAAUGUCGAUUCAUCCAAUUUUGAUGAAGUAAGUACAACUUCUGACAAGUGGUAAACACGUUGAAAUAGAUCAAUCUUUUCUACUCAAUCCGAACAGUAUUCGAAAACUCAAAAUAAGCGAGCUACUGACUGAAAUAAGAGAGUCUUGACUACGUUUCUCUUCUUUCAGUAUCUCCCUUAUUUUCAAUAGUUACUCGGUUAUUUCAGUUUUUCGAGUAGUACUCUCUUUUACAAGAACUCUCUCACUCUCCUCAGCUACCCCAUGGGUUUCGUGCUGAUGAAUAUUCUGUAUCUGUUUCUGUACUCAAUGUUCUUCUACAUGGGCUUUUACCGAUUGGUUUCGGGCAGACAUAGCCGUUAUCAAUUCGGAGUGGAAGAGGGGGCAUGGGCUGCUUACAUUCUCGCGGUCGAACCGUGGGAUAUCGCUUACAGCAUGCUCUGCACUAGCUGUGGCAAAGGCGGUGGCUGCUAUUCCAAAGCAGGAAUGAAGAGUCGAAGUAGUAAAUAAAAUGGACACCAAGGAGCACAAAGGAUACGAACUACUGACUCGUUACUUACAGUAAAAAGUAAAAUGGACACCAAGGAGGAGGAGCACAAAGGAUAAGGGAAUGUAAAUGAGUUUGAGCAAUCUUUAGAACUGCACAUAUGAUAGGACAUUGUCCUCGUGAUAUGAAACUGAAUACUUACUUCUACUUGUCUGUCUUGUAAAUGAAAAAAAGACAACUAUUAAGGUCCUACAACACCGAUUCAUUGAACUUCUUUUUACGGACUGUACAUCAAGUUAGACAUAAAAUGUACAGUUGUAUCUCAACUUGAGGAAACCAGUAGUAUAAUUUGAUAACUAAUUGUACUUCUGAUUUGUUUUAUACAUUAUCGCACGGGAGAUUGGGAGUCCAAAUUACUGAGUUCUUCGAACAUGGAUAACAUGCUUUAAUUUGAGCUGUAAAAAUCUGCUAGAUGAGAUGUAAAUUCAAGGGGUCGACGUUACGGAUUCAGCUAUUGGGCCGGCCUUACCAGGCGCCGGCUAUCACGACCAAGAUGAUCAUGAUGCGCACGCUGUCACAACCUCUGUGUUUUCUAUUGAUGUGCGAGCUUCA